AAGACUAAUUUAGCUCCUCUACUCAACCAUCAUUUGUGGAGUUACACAUUCAUCUGUACCCAGUUGUUGAGUUACAUUUGAGAGCAUCUCUAAACAACUCCAAUCAGUACAUUAAGCUAGGAAAAACACAGGAUGGAGAAUUUUAAACCUAUCCGAGACCCAAAAAUUAAGUACACGCAGCUUUUCAUUAACAAUGAGUUUGUGAACUCAUUGAGUGGCAAAACUUUCCCUACAAUAAACCCUGCAACUGGAAAAAAGAUAGCCGACAUCCAGGCAGCUGACAAGGAAGAUGUGGAUUUGGCUGUUAAAGCUGCCCAGAAAGCCUUUGAACUUGGCUCCCCUUACAGGACCAUGGAUGCCAGUGCUAGAGGUCGUCUGCUCUACAAAGUUGCUGAGCUCAUUGAAAGGGAUGUCAAUUACAUUGCGAGUCUUGAAACCCUAGACAAUGGCAAGGCUUUUGCUCUACAUGGGUCAGUGGGUGAUACUUUCUUCUCAUCAAUGGUGUUCAAAUACUAUGCUGGAUGGGCAGACAAAAACUGUGGCAAAACUAUUCCAGCUGAUGGCAACUUUUUCACCUUCACUCGACAUGAGCCUGUGGGCAUCUGUGGUCAAAUAAUUCCUUGGAACUACCCCCUUGUGAUGGCUGCCUGGAAGAUUGCCCCUGCUGUUGCAGCUGGAAAUGUUGUUGUCCUUAAACCAGCUGAACAAACUCCACUGACUGCCCUCUACCUGGCUGCUCUAAUCAAAGAGGCUGGCUUUCCUCCUGGUGUUGUCAAUGUGGUACCUGGCUAUGGGCCAACAGCUGGUGCAGCUAUCUCUAACCAUCCUGAUAUCAAUAAAGUGGCCUUUACAGGAUCUACUGAAAUUGGCCAGCUUAUCAUGCAAGCUGCUGGAGCUUCAAAUAUCAAAAGGACAACCCUUGAAUUAGGUGGUAAAAGCCCAUGUGUCAUAUUUGAUGAUGUAGACAUUGACAAGGCAGUGGCUGAGGCACAAGAAGCAUGCAUGACCAACAUGGGUCAGUGUUGUGUGGCAGGUACCAGAACUUACGUCCAUGAAAACAUCUACGAUGAGUUUGUUGCCAAGAGCCGUGAGCUGGCUAAGACAAGAAAAAUUGGAGAUCCUUUUGACUCUAACACUAUCAAUGGACCACAGAUUGACCAGGUGCAGCUGAACAAAAUUAUGGAUUUAAUUGAAAGUGGAAAGAAAGAAGGUGCCAAGGUUGAGUUUGGCGGUCAAAGACACGGAGAUCAAGGAUUUUAUGUUACACCUACUGUGUUCUCCAAUGUGACUGAUGAUAUGAGAAUUGCCAAAGAGGAGAUCUUUGGACCGGUGCAGCAAAUUCUCAAGUUUAAAAAUUUUGAUGAGGUCUUGAAGCGUGCUAACAACACAAAAUAUGGACUUGGGGCUGCCGUCUUCACAAAUGAUAUCAACAAAGCUCUUAUGUUUGCCCAGGGUGUGCAGGCUGGGACUGUUUGGAUAAACUCCUACAAUCAUCUUGCUCCUCAAGCACCUUUUGGUGGCUUUAAGCAAUCUGGCCUAGGCAGAGAACUGGGAGACUAUGGUUUGCAGAACUAUGUGGAAGUCAAAUCUGUUCAUGUGAAAAUCCCACAGAAGAACUCCUAAUUCAGCCUCUACACUGUACCUUUACAUGGGUACUGCUGAAGUUAUGAAAAUUGUUGUUCUAGUAUAAGCAUGUCUAAUUUACUUAAUUAACACAAUUAUUUUUUUUCAAAACGGCACUUCAUAAUUGGAGUUCUCUAUCAAGUAAUGUAGUAUAUAGAAUGGUAAUGUUGUAAACUACAGUUCUAUCCUUUACGAAUUAUUGUAUCCAAUUCAUACCUUUAUGUUUCUGUGUCUAAAGAAUUAAAGAACAACAUAAUUACUG